AUGAUGACUCUUCUCAGAGUGCAAUGGAGCCCACUUUGCAUGGGCGAUGCUUAUGAGAAUGACGUGUCUGAGACCUGCUGCCACGUCACGGUGGCCAUGGGCGCCUUCGGUGCGGCCAAGCGCUGGCGCGAGGCAGUGGACCUGUUCACGUUGAUGGAGGACUGCAACCUGCACCCAGAUGUUGUUUGCUGUAGCGCCGGCAUCAGCGCCUGUGAGAAGGUGGGCCUUUGGCCAGUGGCCGUCAGUCUCUUUGCGAACAUGGUGGACAGGAAGCUGCGGCCGAACACGAUUGCCUACAAUGCCACCAUCAGCUCCUGUUCCAAAGCGGCCGAGUGGAGCAAAGCCUUGGACAUGUUCUCUGAAAUGCCUCGCCGCGCCGCCCUGCCGGACGUCAUCAGCUUUGGUGCAGCCAUGACCUGCUGCGCCAAAGCCACAAGGUGGCCUUUGGCCUUACACCUCUUUGGAGACAUGGCUGGGGCACAGCUGACGCCGGACCUGAUCAGCCACAGCGCUGCCCUCAGCUCCUGCGAAAAGGGCCAGUGCUGGCAGCUGGCGUUGCAUCUCUUCGGGAGCCUGCCCCGUGCGCAGAUCACGCCGGAUGCCAUCAGCUACGGUGCAACCAUAAGCACCUGUGAAAAGGCAGAGCAGUGGCAGCUGGCAUUGCAGCUGUUCUGGGCCAUGCCCGCCGCAGCACUUCUUCCCGACGUGGUGAAUUAUGGCGCGGCCCUCAACUCCUGCGCCAAGGCUGGGGAGUGGCAGCUCGCCCUGCACCUCCUGGACUGCAUGCCUUUAAGCCACGUCCAGCCGAACGUGGUUACCUACAGUGCCGCCAUGGGUUCCUGCCAGUCGGCUUCCGUGUGGGAGGUUGCGUUGUCUCUGCUGUGUGCCAUGCCAUCAAAGCAGAUCGCCCCGGAUGCCAUGGGCUACACGGUGGCCAUCUCCUGCUGCGAGAAGAGCGGGCAGUGGCAGCGGGCGCUUGUCCUCUUGGAGCAGAUGCCAGCCACGGCGGCCCCCAACGUCAUCAGCUACAGCGCUGCGAUCAGCUCUUGCGGGCUUGGUUCGGAAUGGCAGCGGUCGCUUCUGCUUUUCAGGGAUAUGGCGGCUGCAACGAUCACACCCAAUGAUGUCAGCUACAACACUGCCAUCAGCGCCUGCGAGAAAGCUGGACAGUGGCAGGAAGCGUUGCAUCUGUUCACUGCGAUGGGUAUCUCACGCAUUCCCCGCACUGCCGUGACGUUUGGGUCCCUCAUGAGCGCCUGCGAGAAGGCACAGAGGUGGCAGCUGGCUCUGCAUCUCUUCGCCGCCAUGCCCCGGGCGAGGAUCCGUCCAGACGUCGUCAACUUCUCUGCCGGCUUUGCCGCUUGCGGUAAGGGUACACACUGGCAGCUGGCGUUGCAGCUCUUCCAGACCAUGACCGAGGAUGAGGUCACGCCGAACAUCGUCAGCUACAACGUUCUAUUCGAUUGCCUGCAGCACAGUGAUGCAGGGAUGAUCUUGUUCCGGCAAGCGCGAUCACAAUACGCCGGUCUCCUCCGCAAGGGCGCGACCCUGUUGGAUUUGCAUGAUGCUCGUCUCGACAUAAAGCUGCAAGGCGCCGGCUUUUUCCUAGAGUAA